GAUGCAUAUGGCAUUUGUGCUAUUGUCCAUAUGAUGUUGCAUAACUCGUAUAUGGAAAUCGUCAAAAAAGAACAAUCUGAUGGGAGCUACGUGUAUCUUCCCAGACUACCCUUUAAACGUUACUGGAACAUUGAGCUCUGGAAGACUUUCUUCACUAAGAUGCUAAACCAAUACCCCCACGAUGAUGAUAGGAGGUUGCUGCAGGAUUUGAAGAAGUCCUUCCAGGACUAUAUGGGCUCCAAUCCGCAGCUUAUAAAGAAACUGAAGGAGUUACUCUCAAAGCAAAGGGCUUCCUUGUGUUCUGCUUAAUGUUUUAAGAUCAUUACGCCUCCACUUUUGUUUUAACCAUCUAGCGGCUACUAAGAACCUACUAUAUUCUUGUUAUGAAGGAAGUAAAAUAAACAAAUGCACGAUGCAAGCAAUCAGGGACAGAUUUAGAAGGUGAACUUCCUUUGUUUUAUUUGUUUAGUUUUGUAGGACAUGCUCUUUAGUGAGUUAGGAUAUGCACUUCAAAUUACACUCUUACUUAAUCACUAUAGAGACAAGCUCAGUUUUUGUGUAUUAGCCUGCAUUAUCCCCUUUAAUUCAAACCUUUUCUUUUUGUCUUCUGUAGUUAGAGUAUGGUCAGAAAUUUGACCAAUUUAAGUAAUGAUAUGUACAUACAUGUAGAGUGUUUUAAGCAGAUUGAAAGUUGUAUAAGCCGUUAUGUUUAUUGUCUAGGGCGUGUUUCAUGUACAAAUCAUCUAUAAAGUUCCAAGUUCUUUGAGAU